CAAAGCGUAGAGUUAUUCAAAUGAAAGUAGCAAAGUUGUAUUGAGUAGAAAGAAUAUUGAAAAUGGCAUCUUAUCAAAGUGCACGAACACACAUCGGUUUGUUCACCAAGCUAAGCUUAACAUUAAUUAUGGUGGUGGUUUUGCGAACAAAUGGAACACAAGCACUGAAAUCAUUUGGUCCGUCCAUUAAUUGCGGCCCAAACAGCGUGUAUCCAGAAAAUUGCAAACAUGGCAGCUUCACUAUAAACUUUAACCCUGAAUUCUGUCUUCCACGCACAUUAUGUCGCAAGGGUGUGGGUGAGCUUUGCCGUGAAUAUGGCGGCAGCAGCGAUUGUAAACCGGGCUUGUACUGCAACUGUUACCACCGCUGUAGUGAAAAUCCCGAAAUUUGUCCAUUUUUCGGCAACGGUAUAUUGGAUUUGAAUACUAAGAAGUAGAUAACGCAAAUACAAAAUUAUGUUUAAGGCACUUUUCUAUG